CUUUCGCGUAACGCUAACGGUUAACUUACUUUAGAUACGAAGAUAUUGCCGGCGAAUUUGUUCGAAAAGCCGAGAGGAGACAAAAUUUUACCUCUACCGUUAGCUUUACGCUAUGGUCGUAGGCCGUAUUCGUAGAAAGAAAACACCGAAAUGAAGCGGAAUAGUAAACGAAAGUGUUCGAGACAAAAGCUACCGCCUACUUAUUUGCUCGAUGGCCUGUGCAAUUAAAGAACUGAGUAAAAGAAUUCAUCCGUGGAAGUCGAGAAGUCGGUUCGUCCAGAGUCUGUGUGAAAAUAUUGUUUAUAAUAAAGAUGGUUUAAUUGCAAUUAACAAAUUUUAUGGAAUUCCUGUUUAUAAAGUUAAAGAAGAUAAAAUGAUACCGACUGUGAUUACUCCCUUCAAUGGUAAUUUUUCAUUAAGUAUAGAAGAAUGUUUGCCUUUACUUGAAAAGGAACUCGAAGUAAAACAACUAGAAAUAAUUAAGUCAACGGAGAAGUAUUCUAGUGGAAUAUUAUUAUUGUCAUCAAGUGAUAAGGUCACGGAAAAAGUUACAAAAGCUUUUAUAAGAGGAAAAUCUAAAAACAUACCACAUCUUAUAUACUGGGCUUUGACUGUAGGUUGUCCGACUACAGAAACCGUGAGGGAAAAAGUAGGAAUAAAAUUGAGUAUAAUCAAUGAUAUAAAACAGCCAGUGAUUGUGAGAGAGAUUUCUGCCAAUCAAAUCAAAAAAAAAUUAGUGAAACCAGUUAUUGUGGAGUGUUCUUUGUUGGAGAGUAACAAAGAAUUAUCUUGCAGCUUGGUAAAAUUAGCAGUGUCGUCGGUAAAAUCACAUUUUUUGAAAGUAUACAUGACGACGAGAGGUUCUUAUGUACUCGGAGAUGUGUUUUUUGGAAGACGAGUUGGUAUGGUACUCGGUAAAUCUGUCGAAACAAGCACGACAUACGGCGCCAAGAGUUUACCCGACAACAUCUGUCAGAAACUUUACCUUCCCUGCGGUACGAGUAAUGAGGCAAUACCCGUCAUGCUCCAUCUAAAUUCAAUCUUUCUCCAAGGAUACGAUUCGGGAAAAGAUCUGGUCGUCACUGCACCACCUCCAUCCCAUUUUUUAUGGAUUUGUGAAAAACUGGAAAUUUUACCAGAAUGUUUAAAAUAUUUAGAAUGUAAAUAAAAUCCUAAAAUCUAAGAUAUUUAUUUUUAUUUUUGUUUCUAUUAUACAAGUCAGUUUUCUUCCAUCU